AUGGAUACAAGCUUCUACCAUAUCCUGCCCUUCUUCUUAUCUGUUCAUGAGAUCAACCAGAGCCCAAAGGUGUUACCCAACAUCACUCUGGGGUACAACAUCUAUCAGAACUUCUUCACUGCAAGAAUGACAUAUGAGGCCAUGAUGGACUUGCUGUCUACAGGACAGGAGAAUAUCCCAAACUACAGAUGUGGAAGACAAAAGAACCUGCUGGCAGUCCUUGAAGAGACAGAUUCUGAAAUCUUUGGUCAUAUUUGUACUGUUUUGGGCAUCUACAAAAUUCCACAGUUUGGCAUGGAGGCAUUCCAGUGUUCCCAUUCAAGGCCUGUGUGGUCUAAAAAGGUUUGGGAAAGAUGCACAGAAAAAGAGAACUGGGAAUUCCCACCCAAUCAUGUGGUUGCAAGAAUUCUGUCUGAGGAUGGCUCUGGUAUUUUCAAAGCAAUCCAAGCUGUGGCCUUGGUCCUCAAUGCUGUUUCUUCCUCCCAAUUCAGUAAGAGGAGGAUGUUGUUUAAAGACCAUCAGUCAGCCCAGAUUGUACAGCCAUGGCAGCUUCAACAGAAGCUAAGAUACUUCCAGCUUUUCAAUAUUUCUAGAGAUGCAGUUUAUUUGGAUGAAAAUGGACUUCCUAUGGCUGACUUUGAUAUCAUGCACUGGAGAAUGUUUCCCAAUGCGUCGGUGGUUGGUGUGAAACUUGGGAGUGUAGAAAGAGAAACCUCAUCUGAAGUCAAGGUCUCCAACAAUCAGAAUGCCAUUAUAUGGCCAACGUCAUUUAACAAGAUGGCACCUUCUUCUAGAUGUACAGAAAGUUGUUACCCGGGACAUGCCAAACUCAUUAGAAAGGAUGCCCCAGUUUGCUGCUAUGACUGUUCUCUCUGUAUGGAGGGAACAUUUUCUGUGCAACAAGAUGCAGCCCAUUGCAGCAAGUGUCCAGAUGACCAGUAUUCCAAUGAACAGAGAAAUCAAUGUGUCCGAAAAAGUGUAAGCUUUUUGUCUUAUGAAGAAAUGUUGGGUCUCAUCUUGGCUUUCUUUGCUCUUGUUUUGUCCCUCAUCACUAUCUUUGUCCUGGGAAUCUUCAUUAAACACCGAGAAACUCCCAUAGUCAGAGCUAACAACCGGGACCUCACCUAUACUCUCCUGGUGUCCCUCCUCCUUUCCUUUUUGGCCUCUCUUCUAUUUAUUGGUCACCCCAAGAAAGUGACCUGUUUUGUUCGACAAACCAUUUUCAGUGUUGUCUUUUCUGUCGCUGUGUCUUCCUUGCUGGCAAAGACUGUCAUGGUGGUGGUAGCGUUCCUUGCCACAAAGCCAGGCAGUAAGAUGAGGAAGUGGCUUCGGAAGAGUCUAGCAAACUCCAUUGUUUUAUUGUGCUCUGGUGUUCAGGUAUGCAUCUGUAUCAUAUGGCUGGGAAUUUUCCCCCCAUUUCCAGAUUCUGACUUUCAUUCCCAACCAAGACAUAUCUUGAUACAAUGUAAUGAAGGCUCAGUUACCAUGUUCUACACUGCCCUUGGCUACAUGGGCUUUCUGGCUGCCAUCUGCUUCUUGGUGGCUUUUCUGGCCCGCAAGCUUCCAGGGACAUUCAAUGAAGCCAAGUUGAUCACCUUCAGCAUGUUGGUUUUCUGCAGUGUUUGGAUCUCCUUUGUCCCUACUUAUCUGAGCACCAAAGGGAAAUACAUGGUGGCCGUGCAGAUCUUCUCCAUCCUGGCCUCCAGCCUGGGUUUACUGGGCUGCAUCUUUGUCCCCAAAUGCUAUAUUAUUAUUCUGAGACCUUCUAUGAACACCAAGGAGCAUAUGAUGAUGAAAAACAAUGAGGGCUCCUGA